AUGAAUGCAAAAAUAGAGCAUUUCUUCAAAACGGUGGAGGAUGUGAAGACUCUCAUAGACACGAUUACAUGCCAAAUAGAGGAGGUGGAGAGAGGGCAAAACGUGAUAUUAUGCAGUCAAAAGAACGACACAAAAAACACAUGUGGACUGGAGAAGCUGAACAAGGACAUCAAGAUGCAUUCAAGCCAAGUUCAAGGAAUGUUAAAGGCUAUGCAGAUUGAUGCACCAAAAGACAAGAACUGCCAAAGUGUUUCUGUUCUACAGCGGAUUUACAAGAACCAGCACGCCCACCUGACGCGGAGCUUUGUGGAGGUCAUGAGGCGCUACUACAGCACACAGACUGACUUCAGACAGAAAUGCAAAUCACAUAUUCAGAGGCAGUUGCAGAUCGUGGACAAAGUCACAACUGAUGAAGAGUUAGAAGAGAUGCUGAACUGUGACAGUCUUUCCAUUUUCAUAUCAGAUAUGAAAUGUGGUUCAAACCUCUCGAUUCAGGCUCUAGAUGAAAUCCAGUCCCGUCAUUUUGAUAUCAUGAGUUUGGAGUCCAGCAUUCGUGAACUGCAUGAAAUAUUUACAGAUAUUGCUUUGUUGGUGGAAGUUCAGGGGGAAUUGAUGAACAACAUUGAAAAGAACGUGAUGGCUGCAGCAGACUACACUGAACGCUCCAAAACAGAGACUGAAAAAGCCGUUGAAUACAAGAAAAGUACCUUCAAGUUGGUCCCUCCAGCACUUCUGAGGUCUUUCCGGAAACAGUCAAAAAAAUCCUCAGAUCAAAGCACAGAUCUGUGA